UUGAGACUAUUCUGGAGGCUCAACAAUUAAUGCAUAAUAUUGAAGAAUAUAUCAACUUGAUUGAUCAAUCAGCUACAAUGGAGGAUGUAUUAACAGACAAUGUUAUCAUCAAAAUAGUAAUUAAUGAGUUUCGUAAUAAUUAUGAAAUUGAUGAUGACAAGGAUCACCACCACCUCCAAUAA